UAUAUAGUUGUUUUCUCUCGGUUUUUUCUCUUUCCUCAGUUCGUUGUCUACGACUGAGGGUAUGUCUCUUUGUUCUGUCGUAUGCUACCUAGACGCUGACAUAACUACAAUAGUUUGACGAUUGUCUAGUCCUUUUAUACCACCCAGCGGUCCAACCACCAGAACCAAGUAUGUACUAUUUGCACUGUCUACUAUGUACCCAAUUAAACGGUGCCGCGGUGCUCCUGGCGCUCCCCGAACUUGAACGGUCCUACGUCUCGACUCUCGGACGAUCCGCAAAUAUUCAAUUUUGCGUCGAACUUGAUCUUUGCAGGGAAGGCACUUCUCCAGAACCUGACAACUUUCCAACGCAGCGAGUCGACACCUGUCGAGUCAUCUGUCAUUUUAUUAUAAAACGACCUGGGAACUCGGUACUCAUCAACAAGGCUCGUGAUCAUUUUCCGCUUCUGGUAUAUGUUUCCGAGUCUUUUCUAAUAUGCAAGAACCAAUCAUGUGGGAUGAGACAGUUACAUAUUAAUAUAAAGGCUGGUCAUAAGACGGUCACAUAUCGGUUAGGUGUUGGGCCUUCAUCUGGGGCUCAUCCCGAGUCUUUGGUAUCUUACUCGGCGCCCUCUAGUGUCCUUGAGAGCCCCACAUGCAUGGUCUUGCCACUUUUGUUGCCCUGGGUAAGACUGGCGAGCCUACGCUGCAGAUAGUAUGGGAAGCCUUCUUAUCGACGUUCCCGAAAGAAGGUGUGGAGGUUCUCAACAUUUUUCAGUCACGUUCUAUUGUUGUAUGUACCACAGAUCGCUAAUUGCACCUCGAGUAUUUGUUCAACGCGACACUCACAGAUCAUAUCAUAUAGCUGCCGAUUCAAAUAACAAUGAACAUUUUUAUGAAGGUUUCCGUCAUCAUUGAGUAUUCUACUUAUCUGCAUAUUUCAUGGUGGAAAGCACUCAAAGCCGCGGCAUGCCACGUCAUCUCUCGAUAUCGGACCCGACGAAUGCGUCACGUGGCUACCGAUAUACAAUUAUUAUUGUCGUGGAACGUAAGCGGUCCGCCCAGCGGCAG